UCUUUUUUGGUGUAUAUUGUCAUUUUAUAUAGUGUAUUGAAACCUUGAUUGCAAAUUGUUAUUCUUCUGCCUCGAUUUCGCGACACCGCGAAAUGUCAAAAUAACGUCAAGAUGGAAAAACCUAAAUCUAAGAAAAAAGUUCCUUCGCUCAUUGACCAGUUUUGCUCAGUUACAGGUGCUAGCCGAGAUGUGGGUAAGCAGUUGUUGGAGGCGUGCAACAACAACUUGGAGCUGGCCAUCAACAUGCAAAUGGAGGGGGCAGGAGCACCCACAGGCCCUGGACCUAGCUCUGACAUAGAUGCUGUAAGGGCACCAAUUCCCCAGACUCAGGAAGUUCUAGUAGACGACGCACCAGCAUUUGCUGCGUAUAACAGAAGAAAAAGAAAAGCUGUGUCAGUUUUUGACGGUUUUAGAGACUUCCAGGAAGAAGCAAAGCAAAAGACGAGAGGAAGAACAAAGAAAGGGCUUCAGGAAGAGGAGCUGCUAUCAGGGCCCUCGGGGUCUCGCACCAGAAAAACUAGGACCCUUCAGGACUUGUUCCGACCCCCACUUGAUCUCACAUACAAGGGAACCUUUGUAAACGCUCGGGAAGCAGGAAAGUCUCAGGGUCGCUGGCUGCUGGUGAAUAUUCAGAAUGUGCAGGAGUUUGCCUGCCAAGCUCUCAACAGGGACAUCUGGAGCAACACUGCUGUGAAAGCACUCAUCAAGGGUAGCUUCAUUUUUUGGCAGGUAUACCACGACAGUGAGGAGGGACAGAGGUAUUGUCAGUUCUACAAGGUGGAGGGCUGGCCUUAUGUCGCCAUACUGGAUCCACAGACGGGAGAAAACCUCGUUACCUGGAACAAACUGGAGCCUUUAACAUUCUGUGAUUUAGUGGGUGACUUUCUUAAGAAGCAUCCAGCAAUUGACUGCUUGUCGCCAUCACAGCCCAAGAAACGGGAGGACAGUCUACUGGAGGCGUCAGAAGACGACCAGCUACAGGCAGCAAUCACUGCCUCCCUCACGGAGCUCUCCAAGCCCAGUAGCACUGUCAGUAAGGCUCCACCUGGCAGCGACUCAGAGUUCAGUGACGAUCUGGAGACUUUCUCAGACUCAGGGGAAGAGUCUGGUUCCCCUUCCAUCUCUCCAGUAAAAACUGGGAGCCGACAGCAAUAUAGGUCCGGGUCGCCUUCUUCAAAGUCGCACUCACCAACCGCGCGAAGAUCUCCAAGAAAUAGCUCAGGUAGUGAUGAGGACAAGAAUGAUGGUGCUGCUGCUACUGUGCGUAGAAGUAGGAGGCAGUCACCGUUGGCUACAUGCACUGCAAAUGAAAUUGGAGGAAAGCCAAAAAAGAACAGUUCACCACAUCAGGUAAAGAAUGCUUCCCCAUUGGCCAAAAGUGCUAAAAAUGGCAUGUCACCCAAGACAGGGUCCCCUCAUUUGAAAGGCGUGUCACCAGUAAAAGUUGCCUCAAAGGUACCCCAGGAAUCCACUAGUAUCCACAAUGAUGUUCACCCGACAGUGAUUGACAAUAUUCGUAGGCACUCACUGUCUGAGAAUGAUGAUAGCAAGGACCUUUCCUCUGUGACUGAGGAAAGUGACCCUCUAGAGAGUGACCAGUCCAGCUUGGAUCUACAUGAGCAAACGGAUACCCGGGAUUACAAAACUUUCCUGGGUCCAGAGUCAGAUGAAAAAGUGACCUUAAUGUUGCGGCUUCCUGAUGGACAGAAGGAAAAACUGUGUAUUGCUUUAAGCUCAAAGUUACUGGCAGUUGUGCUGUUUCUUGGUACGAAGGGUUAUUCCAAUGAACGCUACGAGAUGGUCACCCAGUUUCCACGACGUAAUCUGUCACAGCUCGACUUUGAUAAGACGCUCAAGCAGAUUGGUCUGCCCACUCAGGAAACGAUCUUUAUCCAGGCUCGAAGUUGAUGUUAUUUACACAUGCUUUACACGUGUUGUCUGUUAUGUUUGAACAGUUACCAUUUACAUGCAACUUUGAUAAAUUAUAAUUUAUGGUUAAAGGAUUUUGCAUAAUGAAUUAUUUUUUUUAAAUGUGAUAAGUUGCAAAUAUUGGAAUGUUUACGGAUGGUAUUGUCAAAAUGUUACUAAUUGUAAUGGUAAAUAUUUUUAUGGAAACUUUGAAAAUGUAUCGAAAAUAGUUGUCAAGGCUUAUUAUUCUUUAUUUUAAAUUUUAACAAGUUGCUCACAUGUACGUAUUUGAAAAAGUUGCAUAUACGAUUAUUCUAAAACAAACAUUUUGAUUGCUUAAGCUCAUGUAAAUGGAUGCAUAUGAUAAUGAGUUGAUCGACAAAAGACUGCAUACACAUGGUACUGGAUACAUGUAAUUAUGGUAAUGUUUUUCCAGACUGUUUCAUCCUUUCCACACCAGACUUUAACCUUACAGUAUGAGCUGCGUCAUGCAAAUGGCUCUAAUACCAUAUGCAGAAAGCUUAGAUCCAGACUAGCCUGCGCUGUUUGGGCAUCAGCUACCCUUUCCUCUUAUAAAAAAAAAGACAAGAAAACCUUGCAUGACUUUAAAGCGGACAGGAUAGCUUCGACCAGACUGAGAAAAGAGGCUGGCUGGUACGGAGAAACUCUGGCCACUUAUAUCAUUAGACUCAUUUUCACAUGGCUUGGCUCUUAUCCUUCUGUCAGAGACUAUGUCUAGAGGGAUUGAUUAACAUUUAAUUCGAUUGAUUUAUCAACGUCAACUUGUUAUAUAAUGUAUUGCAUGAUUAAUUGAAAUAAAUUGUGAUAUGUUA